CUAUUGGUCCUGGUUCUUAGCCUCAUGGCAAUCGCCUGUCUGGCCGAUAUUUCCCAUGUGAAACACCACAAGCACCAGCGGCAUCAUCACUCCAGGGAACACGAAGAUGACGACGAGGAGUCCCAUUAUCUGCCUCCCCAGGAGGAAAAGGAGGUGGAGCAACCCUACUACAAGAAGGAAAGGCAUACCAGCGAGGUGGUUUACCACAAGGAGGAUGAACCAGAGGAGCCGAAGCAGUACAAGGAGCACCAUUACGAGGAGCCGAAGAAGCAGCGAGUGGAUCACUACCACCACUAUGACAAGAAGCCCGAGGUGAAGACCCAGCACAUCCACUACAAGCACAGCAAACCCCAAGCUCGCACGGAUUACCCUCGGGAUCUGUUCACCCCGGCUGCCACCCAAGUGGUUUAUCGCCGGCGUCGUCCUAGUCGUGUCCUUUAUGCCAGUGCACCCAACUCGGUGUUCCACACUCACACACAGAUCAAUGUGCAGUCCCAGGACUCGGAGUUGAACUCUCUCACUCGACCGGAUGGAGCGGCAGGAGCACAGGAUCCUUCAGGAGCUCAGGCGCCAACUGGAGCUCAGGCGCCCAUUGGAGCUCAGGCUCCAGGCUUUCGACCCAACUGUCAGUUCAUCGGACCUGGAAAUGUCCCACCUGGCUGUGGUCCCUCUGAUCCCCUGGGAGCUCAGCUGCCAGCUAGUGCUCUGGCCCCCACUGGCGGCAAUCUUCCUGCGAGCCAACCUGUUCCUGGUGGUCAACUGGCUGUUCUGGGCAAUGGCCAGCGUCCUCCAUCCCGACCAGGUGGCUUUGGAGGAGGAUAUGGUGGAGACAAGAGACUCAACUUCUUUGUGGAUCCCUCGCUGGGCGCUCAGCUGGGAGCAAUAGGAAAUGCAGCAGCUGGAAAUCAACAGGCUGCUGGAGGAGCAGGUCAACUGGCAGGAGGAGGUCAACUGGCUGGAGGAGCUCAGCUGGGAGCUGGACAAGGAUUUGACCCCUCUUUCGGAGCCCAAGCAGCUGUAGGAGCGCCCUUUAACCCAUCUUUCGGAGCUGGACAAGCCCAAAGACCCCUGCAAAACCAAUAUGAUCCCAACCUCCAGCUAGGUGGACCCUUUGAUCCCUCUUUGGGAGCUCAAUUAGGAGCUGGUCAGGGUGUUUCGAAUCAGAGACCUUUUGAUCCUUCUUUCGGAGCUCAACUUGGAGCUGGCCAGGGUGUUCCCAACCAGAGACCCAAUGCCCAGGCACCUUUUGAUCCCGCUUUGGGAGCCCAACUUGGAGCUGCCCAGGGAGUUCCUAAUCAGCGACCCAAUCCUCCAGCAGGAGGUCAACUGGCCGCUGGUCAGGCCGCUUUUGACCCGAAUCAAGGGCAGUUUGACCCCUCAAUUGGAGCUCAAUUGGCGGCGGGACAAGUGCCUCGCCUCAACAACCGACGUCCUCCAAAUCGAUCCAACUACCAGGGCCUGAAUGUGCUAAACGGCAACGUAUUUGGUCAGCCCCAUCUCCAGGGACCCACGAAUGCGCUGGGCAACCAACAGGAUACCAACAUCAUCGAUGGCAACUUCUAUAGCGAUCCCCAUCAUGGCCAUCAGCGGACUUUGGUAUCGGUUAAUCCCAAUCAGCGUUCCGUUCUGAUACCCGAUGAUGAUGAUGAUGUGGAUGAUGAUGGGCAGGCUGGAGGCUUCCUUGGAUUUGCGGCCAGUAACAGACAAUCUUCCUAUGUGGUUGCUCCAAAGAAACACCGUUCUCAUAGGAGCAGUUCCAAACGUAAGGAUGUGGAUCUUGGAACCUCUGCCUCCCAGUACGAUACUGAUUAUCGUGAAGAUGGCUAUCACUACAGGAAGCCCAAGCAUUCCUUCGAGUUUUAA